AUGGCUGCGAAUAUGGAUACCAUGGACCACGGAACCGCGGACACUAUGAAUGGUGCAAAUGCCCAGGAUAGCGGCGACUCCAGAUUCCAAACGGACAAUACCGUGUCAAGAAAACCACAGCCGAAACAGCAACUAUCCAAAGCAAUGGAACACAUGCGCUUCGCAGUCACAGUCGAUCCUAUACCGCACGCUUCAACUUCCACACCACCACCAGAUGCCUCCGAUCCCGCAUCUCCACCCACCCAAGAAGGCACCGAGAACGACGCUUACGGAGUGCCUGCUUCUCUACAGCCCGUCCGCGCCCCACCCUCUCGCUCCCACGACCCUGGCAACAACCAAAAGCGCAGUGAUCCCUUCGCUUUCGGUUCGCGCUACCUCGAGGAAGGCGACAACAUCUUCGAAUUCAAUGCCUGGGACCACGUAACCGUCGACUCCAACUAUCUCGCCUUUUCCGAAGAACAAUAUUCCAGACAACGGCAAGAACCCGUCUCGGACUUUGAUCGCAAACGUUACAACGACCAGCCCGAGAAGUGGUGGAACCAGUUUUACAAGAACAACAAGACAAACUUCUUCAAGAACCGCAAAUGGCUGGCGCAGGAAUUUCCGAUACUAGAGGAGUUGGGCGCAGAGAAUGGACCUGAGGUCACCUUGUUGGAGGUUGGCGCCGGAGCGGGCAACAGUGCGUUUCCCAUUCUGCAGAGGAGUCAGAACAAGAGGUUAAAAAUACACGCGUGUGAUUUCUCUAAAAAGGCAGUCGAACUUAUACGCAACCACGAACUCUACGACCCGGAACGCAUACAAGCCGACGUAUGGGAUGUAGCCGCAUCCCCCGAGUCCGAAAACAGCGGCCUCCCUCCAGGCCUAACAGAAGGCAGCGUAGACGUCGUACUCAUGAUAUUCAUCUUCAGCGCCCUGAAUCCCAAACAAUGGGACCAAGCCGUCCGCAACAUCUGGCGGGUCCUCAAGCCGGGCGGCCAGGUCCUCUUCCGCGACUACGGCCGUGGCGACCUAGCUCAAGUCCGCUUCAAGAAGGGCCGGUAUAUGGAAGAAAACUUCUACGUCCGUGGCGACGGCACGCGAGUUUACUUCUUCGAGCAGUCUGAACUCGAGGACAUUUGGGGUGGAGCGGCCAGAAAACGCGAUACGACGAUUGGCAAUGUAGCGGGUACAACGAUAUCCCAGACGGAGGCUGAAGGUGUCAUCGCAGAUCAAAUUGAGAGUUUGUCUCUUCAUGAUCCGAGCUUGCAGACGAAAGAGCAGAGCCAUGAUGAUGUCAAUGAUCUCGAGACCCCCAGACCGGGAUUCGAGAUUGCGCAUAUUGGCGUGGAUAGACGCAUGUUGGUUAAUAGGCAGAGGAGGUUGAAAAUGUAUAGGUGUUGGAUGCAGGCUGUGUUUCGCAAGGCGGGCAUGGAGAGCGAGGUGCCGACAAGUACGCUGAGGCAGGAUAAGGAGGAAGAGGAGGAGGAGGAUGGACAACAAGAAGGAGGGAGUCGGGUGGGCAAAGAGGAUGCUGUAGAAGGAGGGGGCGUCAAGGUUUAA